AAAAUUCCCACGAUAUGAAUAGUCUGAAAAAAGAAACAGUGAUCAGUGAUCACUAGACCUUAUCGUGAGACAUAAUAUUACGAUUUCAAUAAUAGGCUAACAAAUUACAGCUUAUAUGAGCUUCAAAUCGUUUGGACCUUGGACGAAUAUUAUAUGUGAUUUGAAGUAUAGUUUUUACCUAUAAUAAGUACAAUUUGUCAUUAUUCGUAGUAACGUUCGCAAAUCAAAUUAUAACUUCAUUAUGUCGAUACGUUAGACAUAAAAUACACGUAUUUAAAGAAAACACAACGUUGGAAAAAAAUAUAUCGUAAUUUAAAUUUCUAUUUUUAUAUCGAAAUGGCACCUCAUCUGUCAAACGAUACCGUACACUGGUUUAUGAAUGAAUUAACAUCAAGAAUUGUUAGUCAAUCAGGAAAUCCGAGUGACAGAUAUCAUCUUGGCAAAAUAAUAUUACAAAGUUUGAAAGACUAUCCUGACGCUAUUAUGCAAAUAGAUGGCGCAACAGGAGAAGAAGAGACGAAUAGUUCAGCUCUACAAAGAAUAAUUAAAUGCGCUAUCACCUUACGGAAGUUUGGCAUAGAAGUUGGUGACGUUAUUGUUCUUAUGGCUCCAAGUCAUUUGGACCUAGCGAUUCCCCUCUAUGCAGCCCUUUGUGUUGGUGCCGUAGUAUCAGCUGUUGAUAGAACUCUUAGCGUUAAUGAGUUAAGAGCAGCAUUUCAAGUGUCGGAACCAAAAAUCGUAUUUUGUCAAAGUGAGAAGGCUUCGGAAGUCCAAAUCGCCCUCAACGAUAUUGAGAAAAAUACGGAAAUUGUUACAUUUGACAGCGGCGACUACUUGUGUUCAUUCCAAGAAUUUCUUACUAGAUAUAUAGAAGAAUCAUCAAUUGAUGAUUUUGAAGUUGCCGAAUUAGAUACAGAAAGCGCAGGCGCACUUUUAAUAGCGACGAGCGGCACCACCGGCUUGCCAAAAGCAGCAGUAGUGACUCACAAAAAUUUUACCACAAGCCUACCCUAUAUAUGGUCCCGAUCGACAACAUUCCCAGGCCCAACACAUAUGGCGCUGGUUGGUUCACCGUUGCAAUGGCUGACAGCCAUCAUGAGCUUUCUUUUAUCACCAAUUUUCAAAUACAUAAGACUACAGUCAUCUUCGCCACUUACGCAGGAACAUGCGUAUUAUCUCAUCAAUACUUAUAAGCCUUCAUACGCAGUAAUGAGUCCUACAUUUAUGACCACUUUGAUGCGACCUGAAGACCGCGAUCAGUGUGAUUUUACGUGCUUUGAACUUUUACUAUUGGGUGGAAGUGCAGUGCCAGUUGAACUAAUUAAUGAAAUUCAGAAUAUUACACCUGGAACUGAAGUUUUUAAUAUUUACGGAAUGAGUGAACUAUCUGGUAUUGCAUUCCACGCUGAUUAUCCACCUCCUGGUUCUGUUGGGAGACCGAUGGGAUGCUUUCAAUAUAGGAUUGUGAAUGUUGAUACACUAGAAGAUAUUGAUGAACCAAAUGUACCAGGAGAGUUGUGGCUGAAGGGUCCUUGCAUCUUCAAGGAGUACUACAAAAAUCCUGAAGCCACUGCAGAAACAUUUCAUGAAGACGGAUGGUUUAAGACUGGUGAUAUGUUCUAUAGAGAUGAAAGCUUUAAUUACUACUUUUGCGAACGAAUUAAACUUCUGCUGAAAUAUAAGAGUUUCCAGAUUUCACCGGUUGAAGUUGAGAACGUGAUUCGCCAACAUCCAGGCAUUUUAGAUGUAGCAGUGACAGGACUACCAGAUCCAGAAUGUGGGGAUCUGCCUGUCGCCUGUGUGGUACUUCGAGCUGGACACGAAGUCAGCGCAGAUAAUAUUAAAGAUCUAGUACAAGAUUCGUUAUCAGAUUCGAAGCGUCUGCGAGGUGGAGUCGUAUUUUUGAAUGAGAUACCUAUGACAGCAUCAACAAAAGUUCACAGGCGAAAAUUAAAAGAAAUCGUAAUGAAUCCGGACACUGUUAUAAAUUAACUUUCUUACGCCAGCACCUAUAUAUAACUAAACGCAAAAUAAUGAUAACGUAUAACAUCAGCAGGGGUUUGAACCCCGGCUGUGCACCAAUGGACUUAUAUUUCUAUGUGUGCUAACACUCUCUUGUAUGGUGAAGGAAAAACAUCGUGAGGAAACCGGCUUUAGACCCAAAAAGUCGAUAAUUGUCAGACGCAGAAGGCUGAUCUCCUAUUUACCUAUUAGAUAAAACAAAUGAUUACGAAACAUACAGAAAUCAGAGAGCAGACCUAAAAGUUUGUAGUACCUAAUUGCUUAUUCGAAAAUUGAAAUAUUUUUUCAAUAGGUUUUUUUUUGCAUUUUUUAUUUUAUCUAAGAAGCUUCUAUACUGUUAUUUAACAUCUCAAAAACCUAUUUUAAUAUUGUCUACGAUUUAUGUUUUUAAUUGUUAAGACACAC